AGGGACAGUCUACCCAAAUACUUUGAUGAAUGUCGUUCAUCUGUUGAACACACAGGAAGAUAUUCUGAAGAAUGUUCCAAAAUCGUAGCCAUCAACUACCAUAGUAGGAACAAAAAUUGCUAUAGAAGUGGAUGCUUAUUUAUUUUUUUUCCAUAUCUUCAUUUGUGUUCAAAAAUAAAAAGAAACACAGUUUUAGAUUUAGAAUAUUUAGAAGAUCUAGAACAUUUAGAAGAUCUAGAAUGUUUAGCAGAUUUAGAAUGUUUAGAAGAUCUAGAACCUUUAGAAGAUCUAGAAAGUUCACCAGAUCUAGAAUGUUUAGAAGAUCUAGAACGUUCAAAAAAUCUAGAACAUUUAGAAGAUCUAGAACAUUUAAAAGACCAAGAACGUUUAGAAGAUCUAGAAUGUUAGGCAGAUUUAGAACGUUCAGAAGAUCUAGAACAUUUAAAAGAUCUAGAAUCUUUAGAAGAUCUAGAACGUUCAUCAGAUUUAGAAUGUUCAGAAGAUCUACCACCUUUAGAUGAUAUAGACCAUUCAGCAGAUCUAGAACGUUUAGAAGAUCUAAAACAGGGGUGUCCAAACUCGGUCCUGGAGGGCCGGUGUCCUAGAGAGUUUAGCUCCAACCCUAAUCAAACCCUGAACACCUGAAGCAGCUAAUCAAGCUCUUACUAGAUAUACUAGAAAUUGCUGGCAGCUGUGUUGAAGCAAGUUGGAGCUAAACUCAGCAGGACACCGGCCCUCCAGGACCGAGUUUGGACACCCCUGAUCUAGAACCUCUAGACGAAUUAGAACAUUCAGCAGAUUUAGAAUGUCAAAAGAUAUAGAAGUUCUAUAACAUUUAGAAGAUUUAUAACAUUUAGAAGAUUUAGCGGGUUUAGAAUGUUUGGAAGAUGUUUAAAAGAUCUAGAACGUUCAGCAGAUUUAGAAUGUUUAGAAGAUCUAGAACGCUCCAAAGAUCUGAGAACGUUGGAAAGAUCUAGAAAGUUUGGAAGAUCUAAAACACUCAGCAGGUUUAGAAGAUUCAGAAGAUCUAGAAUACUCAGAAAACUUAGAAGAUUCAGAAGAUUUAGAUCAUUUGAAGGAUCUAAAACCCUCAGCAGGUUUAAAACGUUCAGAAGAUCCAGAAGAUUCAGUAGAUCUAAAAUGCUCAGAAGAUAUAGAACGUUUAGAAGAUCUAGAAUGUUCAGAAGGUCGAGAACGCU